AUGGUUUUCACGGCCGUCAAGCUCAAUAGAUCAAUUGUGAUAUCGCCUUUCUUCAAGCAUGAUAUUGCUGAUCCGAGUUCUGAAGGAGAUGGAGUCGCGCUAGUUCACCCGUACCUCCGAAUCAACAUCCAAAAACUCAGAGAACUCGUGCCCGUGUUGAGCACAGAGGAGUACAACAACACAUGUCCUCACUUUGAUGCUAUCUACAACGUCGGCGGCAUGUGCAAACCAGAAACGGUGAAGCGCUUCAAAGCGUCGUGCGUGUUUUUUGGCCAAGAAUUUUGCAAGAACGAGAACGGCGAAGAAAUAUUCAAACACGGAUGCAGCAAUAAAUUGCUCGAAGACGAAAUAGUCCAGAAGUCUCUUACGUACGAUAAGCCAGACUACACUCCGAAAGGAGCGGAUUCGUACAGAGAACGAUGCGCCCUGCUCGCUUUUCCUUACAAUUUAGUUAAUUUUUGGGGAGCGACGAAGAAAAAGAAGCAAGAACUGAAUGGAGAUUACGUGACUCUUCACUGGAGAUACAACUCCGGCGACUGGCUUCACGGAACUUGUGAUAAAAGGGAGAAAAAGAAGCUCGAUGACAUCUGCACACAAAUCGAGAUGAUGAAGCGGCCAGAAAUUUUCACAGCGCAAAUUUCCGCAUUUAUUGACAGCGUGGAAGGUGUUAACAGCAUCUACAUUGCUUCGCCACCAUCGGAGACCGAAAUGCUCAACAAAGGUCGCGCCUUUCUCGCGAAAACACGGCCAGACAUCAAAGUCGUCCUUCAAUCAGAAGUUAUCCCGUUCUUGAAAGAGAAUUUCUUUCCAGAGGGGUGCAAAACGCACGAAACCGAAAGCUGGGACCUACUUUCGCUCACCGAAAUGGAAAUAGCUGCUGACUCAAGAAUUUUCCUGAGCUCGAUUGGGUCCAGCUGGUCGAACAACAUUAAGAUGGAACGCCAACUGCGAGAAGUUCACAAAGACGACGACGGAAACAAAGUCAUUCUCCCCACCCUGUGA